GCGGGAGCACCCACGCAGGUCGCACUACCCAGUCUGACCCUCUCAGCCUCUCACCUUUCUGACUUCCUACCCCCGAGGAGACGGGCACAACUUGAGACCACUCAGACCCCCCACCCCUGAGGGUCCUUCAGGACAGGGGCAGCCAUGUCACAGUUCUCCACCAUGACGACCCAGGAGAGGAAAAUGCAGGCGGCGGCAAUCUGCAGAGAGGUGCAAGCCCAGGAAGAUGCAGAGAUGGAUCUGGGGAAGAAAAUGAGCGUGCCUAAGGACAUCAUGCUGGAGGAGCUGUCUCUCGCCUCCAACCGGGGCUCCCGGCUCUUCAAAAUGCGCCAGAGACGCUCCGAAAAAUACACUUUUGAGAGCAUCCAGAAUGAAAACAACACGCAGCUCAGUAACACAGUGGUUUUCCAUACGGAGAACGGCAGCGCGGCAGACUGCCACAGCAACGACAACAACUUGGGUGACAACCAGCAACCUAAUGCAACAUGUGACGCAGCGAGGACGGAGCCAAAUCCGGGCAGCAUUGCCCCGGGAUAUGGAGGUCCUUUGAAAGACAUCCCCCCAGAGAGGUUCAACAGUACAGCUGUGCCAAAAUCCUACCACUCACCCUGGGAGCAGGCCAUUAUCAAUGACCCGGCCUUGGCUGACACUCUCAUCCCCCGCAUGCCUGAGCUGGAGCCCCAAGUGGACCGACCAGGGUACAAGAGUUUCAACAGGGUAGCGACCCCUUUCGGUGGCUUCAGCAAGGCGCCCAGACCUGCUCCCGUCAAGCCCAUCCAGGUGGAAACCCUGCCGGAGCUGCCGGAGCUCCUCCAGGGGGAGGCCGCGCCGAAUCGACCCUCCUUCAACAGAUCUGCUCUGGGGUGGGUGUCGGCGGGUGGUCCUCUCUCCCUGCCUACUGUCUCACUGGAGCCCAUGCUCAUCCCUGAGUCAGAAGACCUUUGAACCCGUUAUGAAGUCACACAGAGAUGCUGUCUACUUAGCUGCUUCUCCCGAGGUUGUUGUGGGCGGGCUGAAGUUCCUGUCAGAGCAGAGUGGGGGGUGAAAGAACGCAUCCUGUUGGUGGUUAGCUUGUACGCUUCAUCCACUAGUUCUCUAGUGAUGUGAAAUAUUGCACUGCAGAGAAAAAUAUAUAAAUCACUUUGUUCGGUGGGCCGACACACUCCUGGAAUAAAUGAACAUUGUUGUAUAUUAAUGUGCAUAAGAGUAUUUUAUCUUGCAGACACAAGUUUUUGCUCAAUAAACUGGUGUAGCAUGCAAAACAAAACAAACAAAAAAA